AUGCAACUUUGCAGUAGUGUACUGAUGAAUUCAUCAAGAGAUUUGCAUCCAUCUUGCAAUGUUUCUAAUUUCAGUAAUGAAACAAUCAAUAAUAAUAAAGACGAAAAAGAAAAAAUUAAAAAAAUCGAUUUUAUAGCAUUUGAAGAGAAAGAAUUACGACGAAUUCGCAACAAUGAUGCUGCUCGACGAUCACGUGAAGCACGUCGUGCUAAAGAAGCAAAAAAUCGUUUACGUAUGAUUACACUUGAGCAAGAGAAUGGUGCAUUACGAACACAAAUUGAUUUAUUGAAAAAAGAAUUGGAACACAUACAUCUCGUAAUUUUGGCAGUGAAUGUUACGUGGAAGACAUUAUUACAAAAUCAAUUUUAG